AAAGUCUUAUUCAAAUUAACUUGGAAUGUAAUAAAACAAUUAUUUUAGUGUAUAUUAACAAUUGAAAUGGAAUUAAAAUAUAAUAUAACUAUCUCAGAUGCAAGUAAAGAUGGAGAAAUUGUAAAAUUUACUGUUCAAACAAAAAUAAAGGAAACUGAUGAGAGUGAGGGAGGUAAAAUCGUGUUCCGUCAAUAUGAAGAUUUUGAAUAUUUGUUGCAUUGUUUAACCACACGGAAUGACACAUCUGCGAUCAUUAUCCCUUCUCUUCCUCCUAAGCCUGCUGCUGUGCCAGCAAAUGCGGAAAGUAAAGUGAAUGUUAAACAAAACGUUUCCCGAACGAUUGGUGGCGAUGAGUAUUAUAAAGAUUGCAAGCGAUUACAAAAAUUUAUCCAAGAUCUAGCAAACCAUCCAUUGUUCAAAGAUGACGAAAACCUUGAAAAGUUCCUUACUGAUGAAGAACCACCUGUUAGAGCAGCUGUAAAGCGUGGAUUAUUGGACUCGUUUGUUAGUAUCGUCGAUAAUGCUCGUUUCCAACAUCACAAGGAUGUGGAUGAUGAGUUUCAGAAGAGAAGAGAUAACACAAAUAGUUUGUUGUUAAACAUGAAACAAUGCCAUGUGAAUAAAGGUAAAAUGCUAGCUGCAGAGAAUAGUUUUGCAAAUCAUUUGGGAACCACAGCGAUGACUGCUCGAAACUCUGCAACUGUUGAUAUUCAAAAUUCGAAAAUUCUAACUAGGUUUCUUGGACAAUUUUCUGAUGUUUUAGAUGAACUGCAGUUAAAAUCUGAGAAGACAUCGUUUAUCACAGAUGACACAGCUGGUUCCAUUAUAGAGUUGUAUGCUCGAAAUCUGCAGUCAUGCCAGGAUAUGUUAUUUCGACGAACGUGCAAACUUGUCGAAUCUGAGAAUGCGGCGAAAGCUCUAGAGAAGGCCAAACCGAAAAAUCGACAACAAUUGUUGACAGCCAAAGAAGAUGCUGACAAAGUAUUUGAUGAGGUUUCGGAUAAAGCUGGAACAGAGUUCAAACGAUUCACAGAACAGAGAAUACAGAACUUUCAAACUGCCUUAAGUGAGCUUGCCGACCGCCAUAUUGAAAAUCAUCAAGAUACAUGCGAACUACUAAAGAAAGCUAUCACUGAACUAAAGGACGUAGCGUAGAUUUUGCUUGCUAAGAUCAUAUUUUUUAUUGUCUUUGUUUGUUUCCUUUGUUUUUGUAUUUUUUUUAAUUCGUCACCAGUGGCAAAUAAAAGACAAAUGUUUUUAUCGCGUGAAGUCCAAUGUUUUUUUGUGUGUCUUUCUUUGUUUUUUUAUUUCUUGUAAUAGAGAGUUUUACAAUCUAGAAUACGUGGAGUUUGUGUUGAAUGUGAUGUGCGUACAAUCAGUUCAGAAACUCUUGAUCACACAUGACUUUGAAAUCCUGCAUUUUUUUGUAUUUGUUUGUUUUUAAGUUUCUUUUGCCAGUUAUUUUCUGUUGUUUGAAUUACUAAAUACAUAUUUUUCGCAAUUAUAAUAUAAUUUAAGGUAAUUAUAAAUGUGAAAUUUGAUAAAUUUCGUGCCUAACCUAGCAAAAAAUUUUAAAAAGAAAAAUGAGCACGAUUUAAAACUUUAUUUUUUUAUACCACAUGUUUGAAUUGAAAUAGUACGUUACUUUCUAGUGUUGUAUAUAAUUUUCAAAAAUAUAUCAAUCACAUUAAA